GUGACAGUAAGUUGAGAAGAGUAAUAAGAACCGACGAGGAAACAAACCAGAGACACCAAUAAUUCAAUGCUCCUAUCAUGAUAAUGAAGCUCUUUGUCGCAUUUAUAUUAUACAUGUAUAUUAUUCUGGCAGAAGCCCACAGAUCCCCGGAUCCAAGGCUGGAGUUCACACAUGAUAUGAAAAUGAAGCGCAUUACUCUACCGCACAAACAAACCCAUAUACAACUGGUCGAAGAUGGGGCGAAUAAAGUGAUUAUGAAAGCAGAUCAACACCUGUAUUCUCUUGACUUUGCCCAGGAAACGAACAUCACAACUCUUGGAAGCCGAUGUGAAGGAGGCAGUCCUCAAGUUGAACCCUAUGCGUACAACAUCACUGUGCUGCACAAACUGAAGGGGAUCGAGAACCAGGUGUUCCUUUGUGAGACAAGUGAAACAAGGACGAAGUGCUGCAUCAGGGAUUUGUCACCAUCUGGAGAGUGCAGGGCCCCAAAGCAUCUAGAGGGAAUCAGCAGCACCAUCAAGGAGUACCGCCUCCGGGCCGGGGAGCCCUCGCUCUUUAUCGAGGCACAAGGAAGUUAUGUGCUUUACGUCACUCAGUCCAGCACAGAGAACUCCAUUGGGAUCUACAAGUUUGGUUCGGACCGGGUCAGACCCACCGCGCCCGAUAAUGCUCCGCUCCCGGUAGAGCCCCAUUACAUGGGCUUGGUCUCCUUUGAGGGUACAAACCGGACGCAGGACAAACUGUAUGCCUUCUUUAAAGAGAAGAACACGGCUGGUGCUCCGGAGAGCGACAUGUGGCUGCCCUUCGUGGCCCAAGUUUGUAAGGGUGACACAGGUGGUCCCAAAACCAAACUGCAGUACCAGUGGACGUCCCAGUUAAAAGCCCUGCUCUUCUGCGGGGACAAAGCCAGCAAACAGCACUUCCCGGAGCUGGUGGGCGUGGCCUUCUAUCACCAUAAGGAUGAUGACAGAGUCUACGGGCUCUUCCGGAACGAGUGGAACAUGAGUGCCGUGUGCGUAUUUCCCGUACACGCCAUCCGCAAUGUCUUUGAAACCUCCUCCUUCAAGGGAAACAAGGGGCUUCCCCCCGUCCCAAGGCCGGGCGCAUGCCCCUCAUUCAUGGGACAGCACAGCAAGCUGCUGGAGAGGCUGAGCUUUGUGCAGAGUCACCCCGAGAUGGACGCUCGGGUGUUCCCGGAGAGCACCCCCCUGUUGGUCAGCAACCACCACUACACACACAUACGCCUGCACGCCGUUGCCAUCAAGUGGGGGGGCCAUCACGUAGUCCUGUAUCUCUCGCUGGAGAGCGGCAAGAUCCACAAAGUUCUGGAGCGCAAGAGCGGGGCGUUCAUCAUCGCUGAGUACAGCCCGUUCAGCGACAGAACACACGUCGUCGACAUGAUGCUGCAGGAGGAUGAGAUGAAGCUGUAUGUGAGCUCGUCGAGGGAGGUGGUGCAGGUGGAGAUGCAGCAGUGUGACCGGUACGGGCCGCGCUGUGAGGACUGCGUGUUGGCCAGUGACCCCUACUGCGGCUGGGACCGGACCCACUCAGCAUGUGUUCCUUCUACAAAGGAGACACUGCAGGAUGUGGAGGGAGGGAAUCACUCUGUCUGUCCUUCCAGAAAAGGGUACUUUGGGAAUAGUACUUUGGGAAAAGUACCAGAAGAGAAGCACUCAGUGGCGAAGUCCUUCCUUAAUUGUCCCGUCACCUCACGCCACGCUGAGUACACCUGGCACGGUCCCGGGAACGUCACCAUGGCCUGCAAGGCCACGGAGAAUGGGUGUGACCUCCCGAUCGACAGCAUCGGCCCCGAGAACCAAGGGGUCUACAGUUGCAUGGCGGUCGAGCUGGGCUACAAGAGAACUGUGGUGGAGGGGACGGUAUCUCCAUCUGCCGCCGGUCCGGGGCGGCACGGGGGGUCUGGUGUCGACUGGGUCGUGGCCAUCAGCCUUCUUCAGCUAGCAGCCAUACUUGUUCUACAGAACACAAACUAAGGACCUUCUAUGAAGACCUCAAGGUGUUGGCUCACUUCCCCAACACGCAGCAACUCUGAGCAAUGGAGGAACAGAGAGGGUUGCAUAGAAGUCUACCUAGCUGAAGUUAAAAUGAACAAUUUCAAUCUACAUCUCUAUGAAAUGCCCCAGGCAGGGUUUCUGUCAUUAAGUAUAAUUUUCCACAUCAAGAAAUGUUUAAAGGUGACAUAGUAUACCACCACGUUUGACUGUGAUUAGCCGUUAUAAGCCAUUUUGAAAAUCUGCCUCUUCCGACAUCCUUAAGUGGGUGUGUGGUUGUGAUGUCAGAAGAGGCCGAUUUUCAAAACGGCUUGAAAGGCUAAUCACACUCACACCUGGUGGUAUAAUAUAGAUAGAUAGAUCGAUAGCUCAUUCAUUGUCCCCUUGGGGGAAAUUUUCUCAGUGAAUAGACGGAUACACAUGACCGUUAAAACCCAAAAUCAUAUUUCCCACGUGGUUCAAGGACCCAUAUAAGGUUGUUGGCUUUUUAAACCAACAAUUAAAACCUUAUUUUUAAAUGUUUGUUUAAGAAGCUGAUGGAUUUUGUGAUUGAAUGACUGGUUUGUCCUAUUUUUGGAGAGGGCUGGGUAUCGAAACCUGCUACCUGUGGGUAAUAAUUCAAAGGUAGUGCAAAGUGUGUGUUUUGAAUUUGCUAAAAUUUGCAUUUGCUGCUUUACUCUGAACUCUCUCUCUGUAGUUGUGUUCCAGACUAUUCAAAUUAGUACCCAACAGUGUUCCUUGUCCCUUUUAAAUAAAACAUAAGCAGUGUAGAACAUCUUAGCCAUUUUGCAGUCUACAUCAAAUGAGAUCAGCUUUUUUAAAAAGUAAAGCCUUUGCUGGCCUUUUUUGCUGAGUUCCGUGUACUGCUCCCACUUCAACUUUUCUAAAACCACCCCCAGAUACUUAUACUCAUGGAAAGACUGUAUGGGCUGCCCUUGGAUAAUCGUUUUAUGAAAUGCUUUGUCUCUCCUAAAAUAUGUCACCUUUAAAACAAGACUGUCACGCCAACAUUAGUUUACGGAGGUUAAGUACAGCUCACAGAGAAGGCAGCAGACCACCUUAAGAUUAAGUAUUAGAGAAUAGAGAUUCAUUUUCGUAAAACUGGAUCAGGCCUUUUGUUCCCGAUUGUUAUCUUCUUAAGGGGAAACUAGUUUAAAGUAUAAAUCUCCUUAAACUGCCAUUAUAUGCACAUGUUGUAAUAUAAUGUAAUUGAUCUCCUUUCUUUUUGCAAUUUGCACAUUUAUGUAUUUAUAUAGAUUGAAUUGCUGAUUAUCAUAUCAAUUUACGCCAUUCUCAUUGGCUCCUUCUGUGCUCUUAAUUCCGAAUUGAGCAGGUUGCAAUUCACUCACGGGCCAAAGGGGUCAGUAAUAAGGAGGAAUGUUACAUUUAUUUAGUAUGUUUGUGUAAUGUUAGACUAUACUAGCCCUUGCAGUUUGGCUUCUAUAUUAACCCUUGCAGUUAAGUAGAUCUUUAUUUAUUAUUAUAUAUUUUUAUUUUUUAAGGCAUUUCAAUCAUUCUGCGUCCGGGUUAAGCAUCUUGAACUGUUACGUAUGACACCUGUACAUAUAUCUGUACACGUAGAGUGAGGGGUCUAGGGGGUGGCCGGGUGGCCGGGGCCACCCUAGAGUGAAUCCCGGCCACCCCAUUGGCCACCCUAGUCAUAUUAGCAUUUUUCCUAAUUUAUUGUUAGAGAAAUUUUUGUUACAUUUUAUAUUUGUAUUCUUUUGAAUCCGUCUUCACCUAGAUAUUCCUGAAACGCAUCAAAGGAAAACGGAGAGAAAAUAUUGUUUUCGCCCAUAUGGAUGUUCGACUCAGCAAUCUAGGAGUUUUAAGUGUAGAGUCAAAACAAGCAAAAGUCCUAGAUUUUGAUGAUUCUGGGAAUCGCUUUGCUACAAACCACAAUAACCGCAGAAUACGGCUGUUGUAAGAUGAAUCUAUGGAAUGUUAAUGUAUUUUGUAUAUAUUAGAGGCAGGGAUUUAAAAGUUAAAAAAAAUAAUGGUUUUGGCAAUUGUGUAAUUGAUUUUCUGAUAAAUGCACAGCAUUGUGGCUUUUUACUUUUACAGCGUUAGACCAAAAGAUCGAGUUGGUGGGUUUUUUGAAACACCUGAAAAGCUGAGACUAACGUGCAGAUUUUACUUUAGAAUCUGAGUUAAAUCAAUACACUCCUUUAGAAAUGUGAGUUAAAAUGAGUCAGAAAUGAAAUUCUUCUUGAUGAUGUUUUUGUAUAUAUAUAAAUAUUAGAGCUGUCAGUUAAACGCGUUAUUAACGGCGUUAACACAAACCAAAUUUAACGGCGUUAAAUUUUUUAUCGCGCGAUUAACGCAAUUAUUUUAUAAAAAAAAAGAAAAAAACUUUUUUUUUUUUUUCAUUUGAACAUAGCAGUCAGGCUACUGCUUCUUUGUUUUGAGCCCAAAAAAAAAAACUUUUUUUUUUUUGGGCUCAAAACAAAGAAGCAGUAGCCUGACUGCUAUGUUCAAAUGAAAUUUGUUCAAAGCAGUCGUUUAAUUGCACUAUAGGCUCUUUUUUUGUAUCGUCCUGUUUUGAUCAGUGUAUAUGCCAAUGUUGUUAUCAAUAAAAAAGCAUUUGCACAAGGCAAGCCAAUGCACUUCACCAUGUUGAUAAGAGAAUUAAAAUGAGAAGAAUUAUGGGACAAAAAAAUCAAGGGAUAUUUAGCAUAGAAAAAUAAUUUGCGAUUAAUCGCGAUUAAUUAGAGUUAACUAUGACAUUAAUGCGAUUAAUCACGAUUAAAUAUUUUAAUCGCUUGACAGCUCUAAUAAAUAUUAACUCAUAAGUAACUGCAAGAUAGUGUAUUUGACAAUUACACCACUGUCUGAAUUAAUAUUAGGAUGUAGAGUUACAGCGUGUACAUGCCUUAAAUAUUCCCUCCAUUUCAAGAUGCCUUAUAUCAGCUUUAGAUUUAUGUGCCACCCCAAAAUAAUCUCUGGUCUCACCUAUGGAGGUAGAUUUGUGUCUUUAUUAUGCAAUCAAAAAUAAUAGGUUUGAGAUCAAAACUUUCCACACUGCAAUCAAAAAAUAGAUUUGAGAGCAAAACUAUCGACACUGCAAUCAAAAAAAAAUGUAUUGCAAGAUAAAUUAAUGUGAUAAAAAAAAUAUUAAUGGGAAUCCAAAAGUUUUGUUUGCAAACCCAAAAGUUUUGUUUGCAAAUCCAAAAGUUUUGUUUGCGAAUCCAAAAGUUUUGUUUGCGAAUCAAAAAGCUUUGUUUGCGAAUCCUAAAGUUUUGCUUGCGAAUCCAAAAGCUUUGCUUGCUGUUGAGCUGAAUCUCGUGGGCGGGACCUACGCCGAAAGAUGUAAGACACGUCUCUAUUGGCCAGUCUCGAUCGGAGUGACAGCUUGGCAACAUCCGAAAAGCCGCUGGCCCCCGACCGCCUCCAGAAGCAGAUUGUCGGCCUGACGGACAGGGUGUUCGUUUGUGCCUCUCAAUCCGCGGCGGCGCUCAACAACAUCGCCCUGCUCUCCUCUGCCAUGGUCUCCUUGUCGGCUGACAGGGAGGCCUACGGGAUUUUCAGGGCGCGCAAGCGCGCGCACGGGACAAGCCCAUAAAGGCGAAGCCUAGACGGCGUAGCCUACAUGAAAUAGAACUCCCUCUCUCGUUACUAACUGUGGACGUUGCCAAGCUGUCACUCCGAUCGAGACUGGCCAAUAGAGACGUGUCUUACAUCUUUCGGCGUAGGUCCCGCCCACGAGAUUCAGCUCAACAGCAAGCAAAGCUUUUGGAUUCGCAAGCAAAACUUUAGGAUUCGCAAACAAAGCUUUUUGAUUCGCAAAC